CUGCGCAUUUCCGUGCCGUCCAAACAAUAAAACAUUUCCCGGCGAGCGAAGGCGUCUCUGGUCUGUGGAUAUUGUUUGGAAACCUUUCUGCCCGCGAAUGGUGCUGACCAAAUCAUGGAAAGUACCGGAAGUUCCAAGGAAGUUCCAGUUUCAUCAGACGACAUUUCUAAUCUAGAGAAAGAACCGACCGGAAGUGAUACUGGUGUUGCUGCUACUGAACCGGUGCAAUCGACGGACGUGCAGGCUGAAGGUGACGAGGCUCAGGAAGAAAUUUUAGAAAAGUUGAAAGGAGAUAGGAUUGGCGAAACGAUGUACAGCGAGCGGUUUGUAUUGACGACUAUUUUGAAACUUCCUCAGUUGGAGACACCCAUCGGUGACGAUGAGGACUUUGAGAAGGAUCUGUGCAGUCUGUGGGAUAUGACCAUCGAGAAGGAUGUGGUCCUGUUUCUGCUUAAACACGACGUUGUUGAACUGUUCGUAGGAUUGACUGAGGGCUCACAGGACAAUCGCUUGAUUGAGAUACUGCUCGGGAUUAUCGGUAACAUGUGCUGCGUAGAUGAAACGCACAGAUGCCUGUACGAUAACAAGUCUUUGAUUUUGAGCUUGUGUGACUUCCUGGAUUCGACUGACACCCUGGUCCUGGUUCAGUUGAUGAGAAUUUUCACAACAAUCUUUGACAAAUCCGAUGACGAACAGUACUGCUGGUUUAAGGUGAUCCGCGAGGUCGAAAAUAUGACCGAGAAAAUGGCCUUCAUUCUGAGCAGUACCAUAAACCAAGAGCUGAUAGAACAUACGAUUGAGGCGAUUCAUUCGAUGGUCAAUAGAUUCACUGAAGCUGAAGUCGAUUACGCUCAACUAAACGAGUUCUACACAAUGUUUGCCAAACCUUGUCUCGUUGAAGGUCUCAUGGAAGGUUUCAAACAGAUCUAUCCGGAAGCAGCUGCCGAAAAUCAGUUCGAGCAAGAGUUUCUCAACAGCAAGGACUUGAAGAUCAUCCAAAAGUUUCUGGACAUCAACGAAAACUUUAUCAUCAACGCCAACGAAGUUUACGAGAAUCAGGUGGAGAAAAUUGUAUGCUGCAUGUACAGAAUACUACACCCACUAUCGGAUCCCAAUUGCCUGAUUCCCCUUUCAAAAGCUCACAUCCGGAUUUUGGUUUGCAUCAACAGCAUCUACAGUGCUAUCGUGUACCAUUUCCAUCCGCCUACGUUCCUGGCCUUGAUAAAAAUCUACAACAUUCUCGCUCAGGAACAGAAAUCGACCGAAAAACCACCCGAACAAGAGCAAAAACCUUCCACAUCGACAUCAACCAACGAAACCGAACCGAACGAUGACGCUGCGGAUUGCGAAUUCGAUAUCCAAACUGCGCUCGGAGAAAUUCUGGAAACGACAUAUUUCAUGGCGGAACCCAUCGAUGGGCUAACGAUUGCCAACACCCUGCGGACCAGUUCGUUCAACGAGGAAACCAUACGGCGGCUUUGCGACGCUUUCCGCGAAACGAUGGCCGGCGAUCCGCUGCUGAACCGGACCUGUGAGCUGCUGCAGGAAAGUGCGCGCUCCGUUUGGGGUCAGGAAGGGCGGGGUCGAACGUGAAACGAUUGCGUCUGAGAAUGAACAAGAUGAACUGGUGUAAUUUUUUAAUAAAAUUGUAACAAUUUAAGCGUAA